UUCUUUUGGUCUAUCAACCAGUAUCCAAACCGUGAACCCAAGAUCGACGUCUGUCAAAGAUCAGUAGGCCUACGUAAAUUCAAACUCAAUUCAAGUGAAACACGUAAGGUAAUCAGUUAAAAACGGUUAUGCGAAUUUUGGAAUGACGCUCUAUAACGAUAGGCAUACUGGCAUUUACCAGGACAAAUUUGCCUCGACUGUAACUUUGUAACGUCGUUUACAUUCGGUUUGCCAUGGCUACUGAAGGGGAUCCUACAGACCUUAUCAAAGUACUUCACCUGUUGGUGAUCUCUUUCACCUGGGGGAUGCAGAUGUGGGUUUCCUUCAUAGGUGGAUUUGUAUUGGUGUCGCAGGUAACACGGCACACCUUUGGUCUUGUGCAGAGCAAGUUAUUUCCUAUCUAUUUCUACUCUCUUCUGGGAGGGAACUUGGUUAGCCUAGCUAUAUAUGCAGUUUACCACCCCAGAGAGCUGCUGGACUGGCAUGAAAGUGUGCAGAUGAUGUUUUACCUUGUGGCUUUAAUCAUGGCGGGUAUGAACGCACACUGGUUCGGCCCAGAUGCUACAGUGGCCAUGUUUGAAAUGCAGGCCAUCGAGCAGGACCAUGGUCUAGGGAAUGAGAUUGGCCUGGGCACCAAUAAGGAUGGCUACACCAAGCUCCGUGAGCAGGACCCCAAGUACAAAGCACUCAAACGCACCUUCUAUCGCUUCCACGGCCUCUCGAACCUGUGCAACUUAGUGGGGUUCAUCUGUACCACCACCAACUUGGUGUAUCUGGCAUUACACCUACAGACCAUUUAAACACUUCUCCUCCUCCUCCUCCCAUUUGAACAGUCCUUGAGAUGUGAACUUCUGCGUGACAUUCUUGUCAAUCUGCGGUGAACAAACACACAGAGCUGUGGAGUUUUUCCAUUGGUGCUUUUGGCUGCACCGCUCCGGGCUGUGUCGAGCUCAUUUUCAUUUCCAGUACAAGCUGAACAGCGCCAAACUGAGUCUCUCAUGAGCAGGGCUAAACCGCGCUGGGUUUUGCCUCCACUUCAUCGAAUAUUUUUGUAUGUCGAUGCUGUGUAAAAUGCUGUACAGUUUUAAAGCCGUAUAAAACUAAUGAAGUGAGGAUGCAGGAUACAUUUUAAUAGUGUAUGUUUUAACUUCUUUGGUAACAUUAUUAAACAUUCACAUUCAAUUAAUUAUAUAAAUACAUACAUACAUACAUAUAUAUAUUUCACAUACAUACAUAUAUACAAACACACACACUACCACUACUACUAAAUUCUGUAACGACAUGGAUUCCUCAUUGACUUUUUGAAUUAUUGUUUUUUUUUUUUUUUUUUACAAUAAAAUAUAUUUACAAAUA